ACUUACGGGUCUUCGUGAAAAGGUUCUUGAUCUCGGCAAUGGUGGCUUGGGGCUCCACCUGGGGGAAACAAAGGCCAGGGACAGACCAGGACCCAGGAGGAGAGUAUGGGCCGUCGGGGCCCCGACUGGCUGCUGGGAAAGGAAGCUGGGCAGCGAGAGGGGGCGGCUGGGACAGGGGCCACCCUCCCAGCAGCCGCCGCUGCAGCUGCUACCGCCGCCACCGCCACCAACGCACCCAGGCCAGCCCGAGGCCGCAGAGGAGCAGCGGCGCCCUCACAGAGGAAGGCACUGUCAAAGCUGGAAGAGGUGGUGAGGCUGAGCUCUGUGGACACAGGCUGACCGGAGCAGCAGAAGGCGCUCAUCCAGGCCGACCUACGCCCAGCGCGCCCAGCCCAGGUGCCAGCAGCUCAGGACCUUUGAGCAAGUCAUCUGACAUCUCUGAGACUGUUUCUCCAUCUACAAAAACAAGAAUAAUUAAUAGUCUCCUACCUCACAGGGGUGUGAAGAUAAGAAAACAAGGUAACAGAAUCUCACGAGCACAAAAAAAACAAAGAUCAGCUUUGCUGGUCGGCGGGAGCCAGCACUGGAGCUACACCUUCACCGCCUAAGCCCCUCAGGGAGACGUCCCGGGCGAGGACGGGACCCAAAGGUCAAGCUUCUCCGGGCUGAUUGCAAAGCCCCUUCCAAAGCCCGAGGCAGAGGCAGGGUGCAAGACCCUGCCCCUGAGCCUUCAUCAACUGUUGAACCCUUCAGAACUCAGAGGCCUGGCAUCAGGGACAUGGUGAGAAGUCCUCAAAGAUAGAUCGCUGAUUCACAGGAGAGCAGGGCAGGGAGAAGGUGAGUCAAUGCUCAGCACUUAGUCA